AUGACGUCGUCCGACUCAAGCCGUCGCUUUCAGAUUGAUCGAGGGGCAUUCUCUAAGCACUACGAUGUCAAAUCAACCUCCGGAGAUGCUUCAUUUUACGUCGACGUCUCCUCUUUCACUCCAGGAAAACCAGACCUUACAGUCCAUCGAGGAGCGAGCAAGAUAGGCCCGGUCGUUGCGGCAUGCCAUCUUCCCAAGUUCUCGGGAGAUUUGAAAAUCGGACUCGCCGGUCCUGCUGGACCAGACUCUAUGGCCUGGGAAGACAUCACCAGAGAGUCAGUUCUCAAGGCCUCCGAGUACCGCUGGCAAACAGCCAUCCCGGAUAUUGCAACCUCUGAGAACAGAAUACUGUUUUGGAAGAGGACUCACUCGGUUGGCGUAUCCGGAAUGUCGCCGUCGAGUCUAAGUGUCCGGAACUUUAAGCUCGUUGAUGGACAGACAGAUGAGAUCCUCGCCGUCUUCACUAGCGACCGGACAUUGUCGGGGUGUGGAGUUUUAGAAAUUCGAGCAAACCACGGGGAGCAGUUUGACGUGUCGGUUUUGAUUAGCUGCAUAGGACUGUACGAGAAGGCCAAACGUCGAAGUAGACGCUCUAGUGCUGGUGGUGGUGGUGGAGGAGGAGGCGGGUGA